GUCAAGUACGAUACUUGGAUAAUCUAUAUUUCUAAUAAAACCCUGUUACACCUAAAAAAAAAAAAAAAGAUUAGCACAUGCUUGUUAAUUACCCACGUUGGCCAGGAAUUGUUUUUGCAUGGUUGGGAGUAAUGAGCUGUAACGGUGGGUUGGCUAUCAAAGAUGGGAAUGGUCCAGAGGCAUGUGACACUGUGACAGGAAGGGGGAAGAUACCGGCGCGGAGGCAGUCCGGGCGUGAGGUACAAUGCAGGGAUGCACAUGCAAGCUCAUGCACGCUUGGACCAUAGCCUAUAUGUGUGGAUUUACUGCCAUUAUUGUUCGUGGUCCUUCUAAUUUAAUGUAGUAACCAUCUAAGUUUUUGUUUUUCUUUCGUUUUUCUUCAGGACCAUUUUCCAUUAUAACAAUUAAAUGCUCCAUUAGAAU